AUGACUGAUACUCAAGUCUCAAGACAACUCCAACAAAUGAUUAAAUUUAUUGAGUUUGAAGCAAAAACAAAAGAACAAGAAAUUCGAACAAAUGCUGAACAAGAGUGUGAAAGAGAAAAAGCAACAUAUAUUGAAAAAGAAAGAAAUAAGUUAGAAGCUGAUUAUCAACGAAGAGUAAAAGAGGCUGAAGUUAAAAAGAAAAUUACUUUUUCACAAGAAUUAUCAGAAUCAAGACUUCAAUUACUUGAAGCAGAAGAUAAACAUAUUCAAACAUUAAUGGAGAGUGUUAGAAAUAAAUUAACUGAAUCAGUUAAAAAUGAUACAUAUCAAGAAUUAUUAAUUAAAUUAAUUCAAGAAGGAAUUAAAAAAGUUGAAGAUAAUGAAGUUACUAUUAGAUGUUUAAAAGUUGAAUUAGAUAAAGUUAAAAAAGCUAUUGAAAUUGUUAAGAAAAUGGAUUCUUCUUUAAAAAUUCAAGUUGAUGAUAAAAAUUUCUUAGAACCAACUGUUAUUGGUGGUGUUUCAGUUGUUUCUUAUGGUGAUAAGAUUGUUUGUAAUAACACUUUAGAAUAUCGUAUGAAUGCUGCUUUAACUGUUGCUCUUCCACUAAUAAGAAAAACUGUUUUUCCUUCUUUGAAAAACCAAACUCAAAAAAAUUAA